UGUGGUUUGGUGCAUGUUUCUGAAGUUCUUGAGUGACGUUAGACAGAAAACAGCGAGAGAGUUUUAAAAAAUCUCAAACAAGUGCUGAUUUUCAGGAAAGUUCCGUUGGAUCCAAACGCUCCGAUUGCUCCUCUUCCUCUUCACCUACAUCCUCCUCCUCCCUUAAGAAAAGAGCCUCCUGACCCCAACGCUCCUCUUCCUCCGCUUCCUCUUCACCUUCACCCUCCUCCUCCUACAAAGCGGCCCUCUCUAGAUGGAAUGAAGGAGAGAGACAGGUCUGAAUCAGACGAGUUACAGACGGGAAAAAAUUUUUGGGGAAAAAAAACAAUAUAAUUCGGACUCAGAAUUUGAAUCUGUUUUUUAUUUGCUAAAGCAGGAAGGAGUCAGACUCUAAGCUGCUUCCUCCACAGAAAAAGACGUCAGAUCAUGUGAAGAAAGACAGGUCUGGGAUCUGGGAAUGGUUCUGUUUCUCAUUCAUGUAUAAAAAAACAAGUUGGCUGCAGUCUCUGGAUGAUCAGUGGCCUCAAGAAAUCUGUUUCUUUGGUUUUACAUGAAACACUGGUGUUCAGUGUUGGUACCAAAGUUGUGUUCUUUUUGCAGGAAAGACUCAGUGGAUACUAAAAUGUCUAGAAAACAUUCAGAUGAAACCAAAAGAGAAAGGAAAGAUUCAUCAGACUCUAAAUCGCCCCCUCCCAAAAAGCCCGCCUUGGAGGCCAAAAAAGACAAACACAGAAAGGACUCCUGUGAGUCAAAGCCUGGCCAACCUGUGAAACGUCAUUCAGCUGACAGACGGGAAUCGACUGACUCAAAGACGAGCAGCUCGCCAGCAGCAAAGAAGCUAACAGGAGAAAGGAGAGAGUCUCAGAGCUCUAAGGCUCCUCAGCUUGGACCUCUACAGAGGAAGCCCUCUACUGACAGCAUCGAAAGAAAGAGUAAAUCCGAGGCUCCCAAAACUCCCACUACCCCGACCAGCCCCAUGUCGCCCAGCUUCAGUUCUCCUGGGGGUCCGCUGUCCCCUCAUCUGGCCACUGGAGACUCCAUCAGAGACAAGUGCAUUGAGAUGCUGGCAGCUGCCCUGCGCACAGAUAAUGAUUACAAGGAAUUUGGAGCUAACUGUGAGAGCAUGGCAGCAGAGAUUGAAGAUCAUAUCUACCAGGAGAUAAAAGCCACUGAUAUGAAGUAUAAGAACCGAGUGAGGAGCCGCAUCAGCAACUUGAAGGACCCGAAGAACCCAGGCCUUCGCAAAAAUGUGCUCGCAGGAAGCAUCGAGUUACGCCGCAUCGCCACCAUGUCUGCUGAGGAAAUGGCCAGCGACGAGCUGAAACAGCUGAGGAACGUGCUCACCCAGGAGGCCAUCAGGGAACACCAGAUGGCUAAAACUGGUGGCACCACCACCGACCUGCUGCAGUGCGGCAAGUGCAAGAAGAAAAACUGCACCUAUAACCAGGUGCAGACACGCAGUGCUGAUGAGCCAAUGACCACAUUUGUUCUGUGCAAUGAGUGUGGCAACCGCUGGAAGUUCUGCUGAUGCCAUCAAAGGUCACCCCACUUUUUUUUUCUGAGCAAACUGAGAAGCUUAUUUUCUAUAAUGGGAUGGGAAUGGAGUUUAUAAACUGUUGCAGCUAGUGAUUUAAAGUGAUGAUGUUGUUCUUAAGAUUUCCAUUUUAUCUUUUUUUUUUUUUUUUUAGAUUUAUAAGCAUGUGCUAAUAAUCAGAGUUUGCUUUAUGCAGCUUUGAGAACUAAGAGUGUAUGACAGUUUGAUGACUGAGUCAUUAAAUCAACCUAGCUGUAACUUAACAAUAAUAAUCAUGGUGCUGUCAUGAUGGAGAGAAUCAUAAUCCAUUUAAUAAGCUGUGACAUAUUACGACUGCUCACUUUGUACAUAUCUAAAGCCAAUAAAACUGCAUCAAUCAACGUUAUGGUUG